AUGGCCACCAGUACGAAACGUUUGAAUAAACGCAGUUUCAACACGAGUAUCACUGAAGGUGCAAAACUAGUAGAAGAUGAUUUCUCAAACGCUACUUCGUCUGACGAGGACAAAAGUUUCCAGAUGAUUCUUGAUAAAAGAAAAAACUCUUUUGGUUUACGAAGACUUUUAUCUUUGUAUAAAGGCAUAUUAUUUACUACAUUAGCUAGUCUGUGCAUUUCUAUAGGAUUUCUUAUUGUAAAACAUUUGAAAACUGUAUGUUCUGCAAAAGUGCUUUGGGUUAACUCAGUUUUUAUCACAGUAUAUAGUAUUCCACUUCUGUUAUCUAAAAAAUCUCAACCUUUUGGGCCACAGUCCACAAGAAAAAUUAUACUAAUUCGAAGCGUUGUUAGCGUAGUGUUAGUGUAUCUGAGAUACAGUUCAUUCCACUAUUUACCUAUUGCCGAAGCUACUGUAAUCAUCUUCAGUUAUCCAGUUAUAGUAGCUGUUUUAUCAAGAAUAAUUUUAAAAGAACCACUUGGAUUUCUACAGGUUAUUUCCGCAAUACUAAUUAUAGUAGGAGUUGCAUUAGUAUCCAAACUUCCUUUAGAACUAAAGAUGACUGGUGAAUUAACACGCUUUACUCUAUCAGAUCGAAUUUAUGGAGCAUCUGUAGCUUUCGGUUCCACAAUAUUUAGUGCCUUGAACAUUAUUUGUACUCGCUGGCUAAAAAGUACUCAAAGCUCAGUGAUAUUGUUUAACUAUGGGUGGGUUGGUAUAGUUAUUAGUUUAUUCAUUAUAUUCUCACAGGGAGAGCUUCCAGUCAUACCGUGUGGAGAACCAUCUUUAUUAAUUGUAUUCUGUUCCCUAAUCGAAAUAAUUGGAAUAGCUUUACUCUAUAAAGGGCUACAACUUGAACAAGCUGGUGUAGUUUCUAUUGUUCGAGCAGCCUCUCAUAUUAUUUUUCUUUUCUGUUGGCAACUGUUUUUCUUCAAAGAAAUUCCAGACAUUUGGAGUAUCUCGGGUGUAACAAUAGUUAUUUUUUCUAUUAUAUGUAGUAGUUUGGGCAAAUACUUUAUGUCCCUACCAAUUAAUGCACCAAUGAGAAAAAAGUUAUCCUGUUUAAUAUAA